ACCAGGUCCGGUUACCUUCCGGUGAACUCCACCACUGGCUCAGCCAUUUUCUACACCUUCUAUGAAGCACAGACACCCACUUCACCCCUCUCUCAAACCCCACUUCUCAUUUGGCUCCAGGGCGGCCCGGGCUGCUCAUCCAUGAUUGGUAACUUUCUUGAACUCGGCCCUUGGCGGGUUAACUUUUCUCACACGCAAAACGUCGAACACCUUGGCCUUGAACCCAAUUCAGGCUCUUGGAAUCGCAUCUUUGGCCUUCUUUUUGUUGAUAAUCCCAUUGGAACCGGAUUUAGUUUUGCUGCAACUGAAGAAGAAAUCCCAAGAGAUCAAUUUUCCGUUGCUGAGCAUCUUUUCAUAGCGAUUUCUGGGUUUCUUGAAUCUGAUCCAUUGUUUAAAACUAGACCGGUUUAUUUUACUGGUGAAAGUUAUGCAGGAAAGUAUGUUCCUGCAAUUGGGUACUACACUUUGAAGAAGAAUCUGAACUUGCCAGAGUCAAAAAGAGUGAACUUGCAAGGAGUUGCAAUUGGGAAUGGAUUAACAGACCCAGAAACCCAAAUCACAACUCAUGCUGUAAAUGCUUAUUUUUCAGGUUUGAUCAAUGAGAGGCAAAAGAGUGAAAUUGAAAAGGCUCAAUGGGAGGCAGUUAAGUUAGUUAAAACGGGGAAUUGGAGUGAGGCAACAAAUGCUAGAAAUGGGGUCUUGAAUUUGCUGCAAAACAUGACAGGUGUAGCCACAUUGUAUGAUUACACUAAGCAGAUUCCUUAUCAAACAAGUUUGGUGACAACGCUUUUACAAAUUGAAGAGGUGAAAAAGGCCUUGGGGGCCAAAGAAAGCAUAGUUUUUGAUGAAUGUAGUGAUGUUGUGGGGGAUGCUUUGCAUGAAGAUGUGAUGAAGAGUGUGAAAUACAUGGUGGAAUUCUUGGUGAAGAACAGUAAGGUGUUGUUGUAUCAAGGGUUCUUUGAUUUGAGAGAUGGGUUGGUGUCAACUGAGGCUUGGAUGAAGACAAUGAAAUGGGAAGGAAUUGAGAAGUUUUUGAUGGCUGAAAGAAAGGUUUGGAGGGUGAAUGAAGAGCUUGCUGGUUAUGUGCAGAAAUGGGGAGGUUUGAGCCAUGCUGUGGUGUUGGGUGCUGGCCAUUUUGUGCCUACUGACCAAUCAUUGAGAUCUCAGGCAAUGAUUGAGAAUUGGGUUAUUGAAAAGGGUGUGUUUGGCAAUGAUUUAGAGCAGCCAUUGUCAGACAAUUUCACAGGAUCAGUCUAGAAUUUGCUCUUCUUGUAUGGAUUUGUAGUCUUUUAUGUGCGUUGUAUUUUAUGUGGGUUGAAUAAAAUACCUUUUAU